UAUCUUGGUGACAGAGUGCUAAGUCUUGUGGAACCAAUCUGCUGGUCUUCAUGACAAAUGGGGUAAAAAAAAUCUUGUGCAGCAUUCCCCUUUUGAUCUGUCCCUAGAACAAAGCAGAGCUGCUCCUCCAAGAACUUCAUAAUCAGGGUUCCAUACCAGCUCAUAGUAACAAGGAAAGCAAUAAUACAUACAGUUAAAACAACAGUAAAAAAAAUCAAACUGGUCUCCAAUUAUUCUCUUAUAAGCCAUGGAAAUGGAAUGAUGACCUCACAGCAACACCAUAGAAACGAGGAUGGGAGUUCUAAGCAUCUUUCAGAUAACAGCCUGAUAACAAUUCUGAAUAACAGCCUGAGAUCUAGCUCCAUGUCUGGUUUUGGUUUAGUUCAUUUCCAGAGGUAAUACGUUAAACAAAAAUGACAGCAGAAAAUACCACAGAACUGGUUAAACACCUUGAAAAGACUGCUAGUCCGUCUUUCCUGCCGGCAAUUCCAAACGUUUCUGGGAGCAGGGUGAAUUCCCUUGAAAACCGGUUGUCUAAUCAGGAGAGGACCACCGCUGUUCUUCUGGAUCAGGCCUUCCGGAUCAAAGAUGACAUUGUUUCUUACCUUCAGGGAAGUAAAGGCUUUCAGCCCGGGGAGGCAGCUGCACGUCAACUACUGGAGAACCACAUACAGAUCAUUACCAGCAUUGUUAAAAAACUGAGCCAUGAUAUAGAGGUGUUGGAGAGACAGAUAAAAACCAGAGAUGAUGUGACAUCAGGAACUAAUUUUGCGAUGCAGAGUCUGGACCAUAAACACCUGCAGGGAGUUGGGGAUCUGCGCGGGAGAGUGGCUAGGUGUGAUGCCAGUAUUGCAAAACUCUCUGGAGAUAUAAAUAUCAUCAGGCACGAGAUUUCAAAACUAGAGAGAGAAAUUCACACCAUCCAGUCUUCUUUGGAAAAUUAUGCAAAUAAUAUAGAAAUGAAGGUAAUGCAGCUUUUAGGAAAGUUAGAGACUUCCAACUCAGAACAAAACUCAAAUUUAAAGGCAAUAGAAGGGAAUCAGCAUCAUGAACUGCAGCUCCUGGAUCUUAAGGUCAGUGGUGUUUUAAAUGACUUUAAAGAACAAAUUCAAAAUCAAAGAAAAUGGACAGAAAAUGAAGUGAGGAGAUAUGAACAAGGGCAAGUCUAUCUUACAAAUCAACUUCUUGGCACAAUGAAGGACAGAAUGGAAACAGUAGAAAAGAGAAUGGAAGAUGGUUUUUAUCUCAUCUCCAAAAGGAUCGAAAGCACAGAUAAAGCAGAGGCAUUUAACACAGAGCUGAGCCAAGUGAAAAAUGAUCAGAAUAAACUCCAUGUACGGAUAACUAGAUUUGAAAAACUGAUAUGGAAUGAACUGGAGGAAAUCCAGAAUGAAUAUAGAUCAGGUUUCCAAUCCAUUCGGGAUUCUCUGAAUGCACUUAAACAGAUACAGACAACAAAGCUGAAACUUGAGGAAGAGAAGUUCAAGCAGGACAUGAAGAAAAUACGACGAAAGAUAAAUGAACUUCAGGAAGACUAAUGGUCUUUUUAGCACUUGUAGCCAUUCUAUCUGGAUGAAAUGUUCGAGAACUUGGGAGAAAAUGAGCUUCACAGUCCUAUGCCAACAACUUUGUUUCCCCAUGUUUUCUUAGAACAUUAGUAGCAUACUGUAUAUUUGCAGGGCAACAGUCUCUAGCAGAUAUAAAUAACCUAAAUAAUACAUAUUAUAAUUUAUAUUUUGGAAAAUAAAAUCAAGGUUG